AUGGUUAUGCAGCCCGAGGGUCUGGGGGUCGGGGAAGGGCCCUUCGCGGGCGGCGGGGGCGGAGAGUACAUGGAGCAAGAGGAGGACUGGGACCGAGACCUACUGCUGGACCCCGCCUGGGAGAAGCAACAGCGGAAAACCUUCACCGCCUGGUGCAACUCACAUCUGCGCAAGGCGGGCACCCAGAUCGAGGACAUAGCAGAGGACUUCCGCAGCGGCCUCAAGCUCAUGCUGCUGCUCGAGGUCAUUUCAGGAGAGAGGCUGCCCAGGCCAGACAAAGGCAAGAUGCGCUUUCACAAAAUCGCGAACGUCAACAAGGCCCUGGACUUUAUCGCCAGCAAAGGGGUGAAGCUGGUCUCCAUCGGCGCCGAAGAGAUCGUGGACGGGAACCUGAAGAUGACCUUGGGCAUGAUCUGGACCAUCAUCCUCCGCUUCGCCAUCCAGGACAUCUCUGUGGAGGAAACCUCAGCCAAGGAGGGCCUGCUUCUGUGGUGUCAGCGCAAGACUGCGCCCUACCGCAACGUCAACGUCCAGAACUUCCACACCAGCUGGAAGGACGGCCUGGCCCUCUGUGCUCUCAUCCACCGACACCGCCCCGAGCUCAUCGACUACGCCAAACUGCGCAAGGAUGAUCCCAUAGGCAAUCUGAACACUGCCUUUGAGGUGGCAGAGAAAUACCUGGACAUCCCCAAGAUGCUGGAUGCGGAAGACAUCGUGAACACUCCAAGGCCCGACGAGAAGGCCAUCAUGACCUACGUCUCUUGCUUCUACCACGCCUUCGCCGGCGCUGAGCAGGCUGAGACCGCUGCCAACAGAAUCUGCAAGGUGCUGGCCGUGAACCAGGAGAACGAGAGGCUGAUGGAGGAGUAUGAGAAGCUGGCCAGUGAGCUGCUGGCGUGGAUCGGCCGCACGGUGCCGUGGCUGGAGAGCCGCGGGGGCGAGCCCAGUGUGAGCGCCAUGCAGCGCAAGCUGGAGGACUUCCGGGACUACCGGCGCCGGCACAAGCCGCCCCGCGUGCAGGAGAAAUGCCAGCUGGAGAUCAACUUCAACACGCUGGAAACCAAGCUGCGGCUAGGCAACCGGCCGGCUUUCAUGCCCUCCGAGGGCAAGCUCGUCUCGGACAUAGCCAACGCCUGGCGGGGGCUGGAGCAGGCCGAGCGGGGCUAUGAGGACUGGCUGCUGGCGGAGAUACGCCGUCUGCAGCGGCUGGAGCAGCUGGCGGGGAAGUUCCAGCAGAAGGCAUCACUGCACGAAGCCUGGACCCAAGGGAAGGAGGAGGCGCUGAGCGUCCUCGACUACGAGUCGGCCUCGCUGCAGGAGGUCGGGGAGAUGCUGCGCCGCCACGACGCCUUCGAGAGCGACCUGGCUGCGCACCAGGACCGGGUGGAGCACGUGGCGGCGCUGGCCCAGGAGCUCAAUGAGCUCGACUACCACGAGGCUGUGUCGGUGAACAGCCGCUGCCAGGCCAUCUGUGACCAGUGGGACAGCCUGGGCACGCUGACCCAGAAGAGGAGGGUCGCGCUGGAGCGGAUGGAGAAGCUCCUGGAGACCAUCGACCACCUGCAUCUGGAGUUUGCGCAGAGGGCAGUGUCCUUCAACAACUGGCUGGACGGCGCCGUGGAGGACCUGCAGGACGCAUGGCUGGUGCACGCAGUGGAGGAGACCCAGAGCCUGCUGACCGCACAUGAGCAGUUCAAGGCCACGCUGCCUGAGGCUGACCGGGAGCGAGCGGCCAUCAUGGGCAUCCAGGCCGAGAUCCAGAAGAUCUGCCAGACAUACGGGCUGCGGCCCAGCCUCACCAACCCCUACAUCUCCCUGAGCCCGCAGGACAUCAGCAACAAGUGGGACUUGGUCCGAAAGCUGGUUCCCAGGCGCGACCAGACGCUGCAGGAGGAGCUGACCCGGCAGCAGGUGAACGAGCAGCUCCGGCGGCAGUUUGCGGCCCAGGCCAAUGCCGUGGGGCCCUGGAUCCAGGGCAUGGUGGAGGAAGUGGGCCGCCUGGCGGCCGGCCUGCUGGGCUCCCUGGAACAGCAGCUGGCCGAGCUCCGGCAGCGGGAGCAGAGUAUCAUCCGCUACAAGAGCAGCGUGGAGCGACUGGAGGGCGAGCACCAGCUGAUGCAGGCCAACCUGGUGUUCGACAACCAGCACACGGCCUACAGCAUGGAGCACAUCCGCGUGGGCUGGGAGAGGCUGCUGGCCACCCUUGCCCGCACCAUCAACGAGGUGGAGAACCAGCUGCUCACCCGGGACGCCAAAGGCCUGAGCCAGGAGCAGCUCAAUGAGCUCCGGGCGUCCUUCAACCACUUCGACCGGAAGCGGAAAGGAACAAUGGAGCCUGAUGACUUCCGGGCUUGCCUCAUCUCCAUGGGCUACGACCUGGGGGAAGCGGAGUUUGCCCGCGUCAUGACAGUGCUGGACCCCACCGGCACCGGGGUCGUGACCUUCCAGGCCUUCAUUGACUUCAUGACCCGCGAGACGGCGGAGAUGGACACGGCGGAGCAGGUGGUGGCCUCCUUCAAGAUCCUGGCGGGGGACAAGAACUACAUCAGCCCCGAGGAGCUGCGGCGGGAGCUCCCCGCCGAGCAGGCUGAGUACUGCAUCCGCCGCAUGACGCCCUACAAGGGCUCCGGGGCGCCAGCCGGGGCGCUGGACUACGUGGCCUUCUCCAGUGCCCUCUAUGGAGACAGCGACCUCUGA